GUUGAGUCGCACUAGUAUAACACGCGACUACUAUAAUAAUAAAAGAGAGAGGCCAGAAAGGGUAAUGUUCAACCAGUGCCCGGGUCCGCUGUGCUUGAGCAGGCGUGUAUGUUUGCACCAGAACAGAAAGUGACCACGUUGAAUCCUUUCCCUUGAUAGCACCAUUCCGUCCACAGCGUCAAACGGUUACGCCUGGAAGAGGGGAUAUUCCCCCUGUGGUGCAACUUUCUGCGCGCCUAAAAUUAGGAGAACGGGGGUCAUUUUCCUUCUCUCUUUCCCUCGGCUUCUCCCGCCUUUGACUGCAUUCCGACCUGCACCCGAUCCAUCACAUCCACCGUCGCUCGUUCGUCAAAGGGCAAACUUGGGUGUACUCUGCGCGGUACUUCACGGCUUGUUGCUUUACCGGAUUGGCCUGUAGUUCGUGUGCGCCAUGAACACUGUACAGAGUGGAAAGCGUCAAGUGUACUAUGUCUCGAAUCCUGACCCUGGGUACCCGACCAUAGGGUCUCCUUCUCCGGUCCCUCUUGCUCAGCCUAUCCGUCGUUUGCCUUCCAUCACUGCUCCGUAUGUCAAGGCUCUUCCCAUACCGGGACAACCUCCAUCCGCGCCCAGCUUCAAAGUGUCGUCCCCUGCCGUUCCCCCUCAUCCUCAUGACUCUCCAUCUUCCCCAGAAACUUCUGACGCCUCCUCUACCGUCUCGGCCAUCACGAGAAAUGAUACUUUGAUCAUGGUUACAAAGAACAACUCGGGCUUGGGCUUCUUUCCUCUCGAUCUCGUGGUCGGCGACGACGGCUAUUUUAUUCGAGAGCGUAUAUUGGGUACUUUGAAGAUCCCUGACGAGGACCGCGACAAUGCAGCUAUUUACCGUACAGAACUUCGUGAUUCAAAGCCUCUCGGGUGGGCUCUCACCAACGAGGAUCUUCUGGAAAUCUGCGAAAAAGAGGGCGACAAUAGAGGAAUACUUCAUUUCCUCAUUGAUUUUUCUCCUGCGCCUUCUUCAGAAUAUACAGUCCCGCGCAAUAAAUCAACGGAACUCCUGGAUUCUUAUUCGACUGAUGACUACACCGGUUAUCUUGCUUCAGAUGAAGGUACAGGACGGACGCCGAAUGUUGUGCCGGCUAAAUUGCCUCCACGCGAUAUUUCGUACUCACCCCCUGCUGUGAACAGCAAUCGCAUAAACAACGUGGCGCCGUUUCCUAGGUCGAACCUGCCGAUGACUUCACCGUCAAAGCCACCACGUGCCCUCCCUCAACCGGCGGCAUCGUCGCAAGUGCGCAACACUAGUUCUCAUAGUCGUUCUGGGUCCGAUCAGGCAGCAGCCCAGGGUGCUACCGGUAACAGCCUAGGCCAAUGGUCUGCUUCUGAGAAGUUGGUCUCUCGUUCUCCAUCGAGUCUUGGAUUCAAUGUUUCGGAUGGACGGCCGUCUUUAGCUUCCGGUGUCCCAGCCCCACCAGACACGAACGUCUGGCCUCCCCCACGUUCUGAUUCUAUAGAAACUGCCUCACCAUUCCAGGCCGGACUUUCUAAUGCGGCUAGUAGCACAGCGCAGAUAACUUCCCCUGUGCUGAGCCCGAUCACACCAUACCAUCGACGUCCAACGCCAACGGUGCCCCCUCCGCGUCCGCCAGCGGAUGCGGAGCCGUUCCAGCUCCCGGCCCAUGUUCAGAACCCUCCGCCACUUUCCCUUGGAAACCAAGGAAAUGAUUCGGGCGUAGCGAAUGGGGCCUCUAUGUCAACCCAGGCAUCGACUCCGCUGUGGUAUACCCCUGCGUCAGGCGGCGGUGCAUCGCCGUAUGGCAUGCUGAAUGGCGUUACCGGGUCUGUUCCCCCACAUGCAGGCCAGGGGCAGCGUUUACUGUCUCCUCGUAAUCCAUCCUCGCCUCGGCAGCUCGUUGGAGCUCGAAGCUCGGGCGAUCUGCGUAUGGUCCGUGGGCCUUUGUCAAGAGCGCUGCCGAUCGGUCCAAAGGCAACGCCGAGCCCCAUACAGACUUCCGGAUUGGCCCUUCAAACAGGUUUGGGGAUGUACACACAAACACCAUCAACAACCACUGGCUCACCCGCUCUAUCCCCUGUCAUGCAGCCACCAGUGUCGGGUAUUGCUGGGACCCGCAGACAGGCGGACCCCCGGCGACGAGAACAGGGUUACCAGAAGAGGUCAGGUGUUAGUGACGCUCCAUUGGAAGGCUCGGCGACUCGAGCGCCCGGUGUGGGUUUGACUCGUUCACCUGCCAUGACUGCUGCUCGUGUUGCUUCAAGAUCAGGGGCGUCUAGUCGUCCAGCCGCCGCACCUCCGCCAUCCUUCCCACCUCCACCACCACCCAGUGGUGUUCCCCCACGUUUGAAAGUGCAAAUUCCGCAGGGGCUUAUGUCGCCCAUCUUGUCACGGCCAUCGAGACAGGAUGGCGAUCGUGUCCCCACGCCAGUCAGCCUAGGUGAAGAGCAAAGGAACGUGCCAGGCGCGUCUCAUGAUUCGAAUUCGACCCCAGGGACGUCAUCAUCAUCCCACCGUGAUUGGCCGUCCACAACAUCAGGAGGUCUGGGUUUAGGUCUCGAAGAUGUAUCGACUUUGAUAUCAACCAAACACACAUCAGCCACGCGGCAAUCAUCUAUAUCUGGCGCGUCGACGAUCGUGCCGUCAACAGUCAUCCCGACCAAGUUGACGAAGCCAACUAGCUACCUGGAUACUGAUUCAGAUUCUUCAGACUCUGAUUCCGAUUCAGACUCGGAUCCGGGCACCUUGCUCAUACCGAUCAUCAAGUUACCAGAACGUCCAGCUACAUCUACUCCAACCCCUCCGCCCCAGUCGGCCCCUGGUUUGAACGUCCGUAAAGGCCAUAAGUCAAAGCUCUCCCCUCUUCGAACCAAUUUCAAAAGAGACGACGCCUGGCUCGUUCGCCCACCCCCCGAGCAGGUCUACGAGCGGCUGGAUCAAUUCUUCCCUGAUCACAACCUUGAUGAGCCGAUGAUUGAUGCAUCGUCACCAACAGAAUCCUCGGAGGGCCAACCUAUCGGGGUUCAUGAUAGCAUGGAUGGUCUCCUUAAUUCCUCCGCUCGCGAGAGACACCGGAAAUCCAUUCGAGUGGUGGUCGACGAGCGAAAGAACAAAAUCAAGCAGCUGAGGCAGACAAUCAGCCGUGGAUUCACAAAGGAACAGAAGAAGGAUAAUCAAGUGGCUUUACUAAGGCGGAGGAGUACGAAGCUUUGGGGCAGCCGGCUCGAGGAGUUACGGAUACAUGCCCCGCUUGAGCAAAUGCCCCCUGUACCAUCCCUUCCCGAGUUCACUCAACUAAAGGGGAAGAAAGAAAUCGACGCUGAUGGAAAUGGGAGCCGGGAUGAGAACCAGCAGCGGCACAAUUGGAAAGAGGAAAAUGAGAAAGAAAAUGAUGGGGGGAAGGAGCAAGGUCAGGCAUCGUCAGUUAACAUCAACAAAAUAAGUGGACUAACUUCCAGACGCUCAGUCACUUUCAAAUGGAUACGGGGCGAACUCAUUGGACGUGGAACGUACGGACGAGUCUACCUUGCAUUGAAUGCCACUGCUGGCGAAAUGAUAGCAGUUAAACAGGUUGAAUUGCCCAAGACGGUUAGCGAUAAGGAGGACGCCCGUCAGGUGUCGGUCGUUGAGGCACUUCGGUCCGAGGGUUCGACACUUCGAACCCUAGAUCAUCCUAACAUUGUGCAGUACCUCGGUAUACAGGAAACUGAGCAACACCUUAGUAUCUUCUUGGAGUACAUUCCGGGUGGUUCAAUCGGAAGCUGCCUGCGCAAGUAUGGCAGAUUCUCAGAGGACGUCAUUAAAGCUUUCACCAGGGACAUACUUGAAGGUCUCUCCUACUUGCACUCAGUCGGUGUGUUGCAUCGGGAUUUGAAAGCGGACAACAUAUUGGUCGAUCCGUCCGGGACAUGUAAGAUUUCUGAUUUUGGUAUAUCUAAGAAGGCGGGGGAUAUCUACAAGAACGAGACGAAUACAGCGAUGAUGGGAUCGAUCUUCUGGAUGGCUCCAGAGGUGCUUACGAAUAACCAACAAGGAUAUAGCGCUAAAAUUGAUAUCUGGAGCCUGGGAUGCGUUGUGCUAGAGAUGUGGGCGGGGAGGAGGCCGUGGAAUCAGGAAGAUAUGAUAACAGUUAUGUAUAAACUCGGAUCUACCAAGCAAGCUCCCCCGGUACCGGACGACGUUACAUUGGGAGAAUUCGCCGAGGACUUUCGGAGCAAAUGCUUCGCUGUGGACCCGGCACAACGCCCAAUGGCAGCGGAGUUGUGUGUACAUCCUUACCUUAUUCUUCCGCGACGUUGGAAAUUCCCUGGUUUCCCGCAGAAAGAAUCUCCAUCCACAUAAGCUAUCUACUGUUGAUGCAUAACGUGACCUGGAUAUUCUUAUCAUGUCAUCACUGGACGAUCUUACUAGUCAUCUCAACAUACAUUUCCUGUAUUCGCACGCAUACACAUCCACCACAUGUGUUCUUAUUUGUCAUGUUUUUCAGCAUUCUCGGCUUACUGCCUUUAAGUUUCCUUAAUCUUUCCCUUCCCCUUCCCCCCAAUCCAAGUACCUAUCUCUUUCUUUCAUUAGUUUGACUUGAUACAUUCUCCCUUUACACACGAAUGGGAAUGCUGAGUAAUGACUUCACCACAAUUGUUAUAUCCUUACACAAGUGAACCUCCGCCAUUUCUGAUCCCCAGGAUUGGUGCCAUCCAGGCGGAUGUCGUGUGCCGUACUGACUAGUGUUAGUCAUGAUUCAAG